AUGCUCAGACGUGUGAAUAGACCAAGUGUUUACAGAUGUUUACAGCGGGGCCUGGCGGCCAGCGCGCCCGCAUUGCGCUCCCGCGUGUUAGCGCCCAGCUCGGUGGCCCGCAUGCCACGUCCCCUGCCUGCGUUCGCGCUGACCAGGUCGUACGUGUCGAUCCACCCGAACAACGCCGAGCCUGAGAAGCCUGCGCUGGAGCAAUUCGGUACCAACCUGACCAAGCUCGCCAAGGAGGGUAAGCUGGACCCGGUCAUCGGGCGCGACGAGGAAAUCGCGCGCGCCAUCCAGAUCCUGUCCAGGAGAACCAAGAACAACCCGGUGCUGAUCGGGCGGGCAGGUGUCGGAAAAACGUCGCUGAUCGACGGCCUCGCGCAACGCAUCGUCAGCGGCCAGGUCCCGGACUCGCUCAAGGACAAGCAGCUCGUCACCCUGGACCUGGGGUCCCUGGUCGCGGGCGCCAAGUACCGCGGGGAGUUCGAAGAACGGCUCAAAAACGUGCUCGAGGAGAUCGACAAGGCCAACGGCCAGAUCAUCGUGUUCAUAGACGAGGUCCACAUGCUUCUGGGGCUCGGCAAGACCGACGGCAGCAUGGACGCUUCCAACAUCCUGAAACCCAGACUCGCCAGGGGCCUGCGUUGCAUCUCCGCCACCACGUUGGACGAGUUCAAAAUCAUCGAAAAGGACCCCGCGCUGGCCCGUAGAUUGCAACCCAUCAUCCUCAAUGAGCCCUCCGUCGCAGACACCAUAUCCAUCCUGAGAGGUUUGAAAGAAAGAUACGAAGUGCACCACGGUGUGCGCAUCACAGACGCCGCGCUCGUGGCCGCUGCGACCCUUUCCAACCGGUACAUCAAUGAGCGGUUUUUGCCCGACAAAGCCAUUGACUUGGUGGACGAAGCGUGUGCGGGAUUGCGUUUGCAACACGAAUCCAAGCCAGACGCGAUCCAGAGCCUCGACCGUGCCAUCAUGCGAAUCCAGAUCGAGUUGGAAUCCCUAAAGAAGGAAACUGAUCCAUUGUCUUUGGAAAGGAAAGAAGCGUUAGAAAAAGAUUUGCAACUCAAGAGGGACGAGCACUCCAGGCUUACCCAGAUAUGGGAGAAGGAAAAGGCCGAGAUCGAGUCCAUCAAGAGCGCCAAGGCAGAUUUGGAACAAGCCCGGAUUGAUCUGGAAAUCUGCCAAAGAGAGGGCAACUAUGGUAAGGCCUCCGAGUUGCGGUACUCCAAGAUUCCAGAAUUGGAACGUAAAGUCGCCCGCAGCGAAAAGAAGGAUGCCAAGGAGAAUUUACUACAUGAUUCAGUCACCUCAGAUGACAUUUCAAAAGUCAUUGCUAAAAUGACCGGUAUCCCAAUUGAAACGGUAUUGAAAGGUGACAAAGACCGGUUGUUAUUCAUGGAGAAUUCGUUACGUGAAAGGGUCGUGGGCCAAGACGAAGCCAUUGACGCCAUUUCCGAUGCUGUGAGGCUACAAAGGGCAGGAUUAACGAGCGAAAAGAGACCCAUUGCAAGCUUCAUGUUCCUCGGUCCCACUGGUACCGGUAAGACUGAACUUACGAAGGCACUUGCCGAGUUCUUGUUCGACGACGAAUCCAAUGUGAUCAGAUUCGAUAUGUCUGAGUUCCAAGAGAAGCAUACCGUUUCCCGUUUAAUCGGUGCUCCUCCAGGUUAUGUACUCAGCGAGUCUGGUGGCCAAUUGACAGAAGCAGUUAGAAGGAAACCUUAUGCUGUGGUUCUUUUCGAUGAAUUCGAAAAGGCUCAUCCAGAUGUGUGCAAGAUUUUGUUACAAGUUUUGGAUGAAGGUAAAUUGACAGAUUCUCAAGGACACCAGGUUGACUUCCGCAACACCAUUAUCGUCAUGACUUCCAACAUCGGUCAAGACAUUCUUUUGGAGGAUACAGAAUUGGGAGAUGAUGGAAAAGUUAGCCACAAGACCAAGGAUAAAGUCAUCAACGCUAUGAAGAAAGCUUAUCCACCCGAGUUUAUCAAUCGUAUCGAUGACAUUCUAGUGUUCAACAGACUCUCCAAGCAAGUUUUACGUUCGAUUGUUGAUAUCAGAAUUAAGGAAAUACAAGACAGAUUGGCUGACAAGAGGAUGAGUUUGGAAUUAACGGAUGAGGCAAAGGAAUGGCUAACUGAUCAUGGUUAUGACCAACAAUAUGGUGCCAGACCUUUAAACAGACUCAUUCAUAAACAAAUUUUGAACACCAUGGCCAUGUACUUGUUAAAGGGUCAAAUUAGAUCGGAGGAAACUGUCAAAGUUAUUGUUGAGAACGGUAAGCUUGUUGUGUCACCAAACCACGAAGAAGGAGAAGAACCGCUACCGACGCCUGAAGAGUGA